ACGUCAAGCAUCAACCUCACAUCUUCCAAGGAUCGCCCGUUCCUUGACGUGACCUUGGAAAAUGUGAAGGUGACGAACAAGAUACGCAAAAACCGCGACGAAGUUUCGCGGGAAAUUUUGCAGAGGAUCCUGGGUAAUAUGGUUGUAAUACGCAGGCGCAGGGGGAACAUCCGGGGCCUGGCAGAGUUCACUCCUAGAAAUCCAACAUGGCGGCCGAGGGAGGAGGAAAAGAGAACGAACUCAAGACACAAUUUACCACCAGAGAGGGCACGUACAAGCUGCUCUCCCUCUCGGAAUACUCCCGGCCGAAUAGGGUACCGUACAACGCACAGGGCUGCCAUCCCGUCAGGGUGUCUUUCAUCAACGUGAGCGGGGAAAAGGACGGCUCGGGCGACCGGAUCUGCUUCAACGUAGGCCGCGAGCUCUACUUCUACCCGUAUAAAGGUGUCCGCAAGGCAGCUGAUUUGACCAAACCAGUAGACAAACGUGUCUACAAGGGAACGUUACCGACGUGCCAUGAUUUUAACCAGCUGACCUGCACCAGUGACAGCGUCAGCUUGUUAGUAGGAUUUUCAGCGGGGCAAGUGCAACUCAUCGACCCAAUCAAGAAGGAAACUAGCAAGCUUUUCAAUGAAGAAAGACUAAUAGACAAGAGCAGGGUAACGUGUAUAAAGUGGGUCCCCGGGACGGAAAACAUGUUCCUGGUGUCGCACGCCAGCGGGCAGAUGUACAUGUACAACGAGGAGCACCCCUGCGGCACCACCGCCCCCCACUACCAGCUGCUCAAGCAGGGCGAGGGCUUCUCCGUCUGGACCUGCAAGUCCAAGUCCACGCGCAACCCCAUCUUCAGAUGGGUGGUGGGCGACGGGGCGCUCAACGAGUUCUCCUUCUCCCCGGACAAUAAGCACAUCGCCUGCGUCAGCCAGGACGGUUUCCUUAGGGUUAUAGAUUUUGACCAAAUGGAGUUAAAGGGGAUGAUGAAGAGUUAUUUCGGAGGACUGCUGUGUAUAUGUUGGAGCCCCGACGGGAAGCUUGUGGCCGUGGGGGGCGAGGACGAUCUCGUGACGGUCUGGUCGUUUGCGGAGAAGAGAGUGGUGGCGCGGGGGCACGGACACAAGUCGUGGGUAAGUGUGGUCGCCUUCGACCCCUUCACCACCAUGGUGGUGGAGGGCGAGGCGGGGGACUUCAGCGGGAGCGACGACGAAGGCGAGGACUCUCAAACGAGUAGAAACAACCCGGGCUCCAAUCCCGGCUCCAACCCCGGCUCCAUGAGGGAGCGGGCGAACAGUAGCCACUCGCGGGCGUCCAUCUGCAACGCGGACACCAGCAACGUCACCACGUACCGGUUCGGCUCGGUAGGACAGGACACGCAGCUCUGCAUCUGGGACCUGACGGAGGACGUCCUGUACCCGCAGCAGCCUCUGACCAGAGCGCGGACUCACACCAACCUCACCAACUCCCUCCCCCUACCCUCGGGCAGCGCCACCAUGCCCAGGUGCAACAGCCUCCCCCACAACGCAGUCCACUCCACGGGGUCGGCGCCAAACUCCAAGGAGAAGAGCCUGACCGACGGCUCCAUCGCCUCCGGAAUCACCAGCAAGUUCGCCACAUUGACUCUCGGGGACAGGAGAGACAAACACGAGAAGCACGAACACAAGCGGAAUUACAGCCUGUCCAGCAAGAGCAGCGACAAGUUGAACUCGAUAAGCAAAGGUCACAAUGCUCACUCCAAAAUGUUGGAAGACUAUGCCAGGCUGGGCACUCCCUGCUGUCCGAAACUGGAUGAGGUGCCUCUAUUAGAACCUUUGGUGUGUAAGAAGAUAGCGCAGGAGAGACUAACAGCCCUAGUGUUUAGGGAGGACUGCAUAGUAACGGGAUGUCAAGAGGGGUUCGUCUGCACAUGGGCCAGGCCUGGCAAAGUGGUGGGUGUCUGCAAUGGUCUGAGCCAGACCUCUUCCACACACUCCACGGGCGGGACGGUGGUAUAGUCCCAGUGUAGGCGGGCAGGGCCCUGCAUCACGUCACCUGGAGGCAGCACAAGCCAACACACCUGUACAUGUACACCUGUAGACAACAGCUCCCAGUUUUUCUGUACACUCCUUGUAUAAGAAGCAUGUGGGUUUCCUUACGAUCCAUGUGUUCUGUCUGUGAGUAGACAAAUAUAAUGUGUUAGGACUGGCACACCAAGAUCUUAAUAUUUAAGAAUCACCAGCAAUGGCUUGAACUUAACAUAUAGCCGAUUACUUCAGUUGUAGUCUUAGGUUCGACUUGAAGUAUUCUUCCAGGAGCAUCAGCCUUCCUUGUCCCACCUAAAAGAACACACACUAUAAACUGAUACGAAAACAAAAGAACUUUCUCUAACACAAAACUACAAGCUUCUGUGUUUAAAAGAAGAGCCUACGUAGAAUCUGCUGUCAUCUGACACGGUCUUUCUCUUGUUAACUGUCAACACUCCCUCCUCAAUCUUGGAAAAGAAAAAACUAGAAUGACAUACAUGUAUACUCCUACUUACCUAUGGAAUACAUUAAAUACUUGCUUUUUCAGUGCCUGGCUAGAAGUUUUAAACUAUCAACUCUUGAAGUAAACUAAAUAUCAUUUGAAGGGAAGGGAUCUUCGAGAAGACGUUGGAAAGGAAGAGAACACUAAAUUCAGUCCUUACAUACCUUUGAACAGCCCAACGCUAAGUUAAGGCAGUUAAAGUUUUUUGCUGUAAUAUGGCAACAACAACAAAAAGUACACCACACUUGCAAUAAGGCACAUUGGCAAUAACAUUUCUAUCCUGUAAUAUCUUCAUGACAUUUUGUAUUGUCCUUCAAUUCUAAAUGUUUGCCCUCAAUCUAAAGGCCCGUCUUGAAAAAUGGUUCGAACAAGGACAACAAACUUCUGUAACUUACAUAAAGUACGGAACUUGUCACUUACCACCAGUUGGUAUGAAAGAAAGAUACAAUUUGAAACAGUCACUCAUCCAAAAUGGCUAGCCUCCACCAGGCCUUCCUACGGGGGUGCGGAUCCUAGAAUUCAGCAAAAGGAAAGGAUAAUUAAUUGGCUAGGAGAGUCAGUCUGCGGGAGGUUAGUUUCCUCCUCCAAACUGCGUGCGGGUUAAUGAACUCUACGGUGGCCAAACUCCCCUGGCCAAUUAUCCUCCCUAUUUGGCUUAAUUUUACUAUUUUGAACCCGUGUUGUUAGUCUGUUGGAGACUUCCAAAUGGCUAGGCCGCUCACUCAAAUCCAUGUGUGUCUGAAAUAAUGCAUUCCUUCAACAAGUAAGGACAUCCCCAUACAUGUAUGCCUCUCUCAGUUCUAUCAUUCAUUGUCUUAAAUCUGUGGGGAUACAGUAGUCACUAAGAAAGUCGUUUUUUAAAUGAAUGAACAGGACUCUUAGCAAAGAAGCAUGUUUUCUUUUCCGUCACUAAGAUUGCUUGGUGUUUAAUCAAAAGUAUCAACCUAUUUAUUCUGAAUAGUAACUAAGAAUAUCAUAAUUGCGUAUCAAGUGUAAAAUGCAAAACUGGUGCUUUUUUAGUGAUGGUGCAUGUACCUAAUGUGCUAAUUUUAUGGUACAUGUAAAUAAUAAAAGUUCCUAAUAAUUAACUUUAAUUGAACGUGAAAGCCACCUUUGCCUUUGUCCUCGCAUGAGAUAUAAUUAAUUCUUGUGGUGUUUGUUUGUUUGUUUGUAUUUAAAGAAAAUGUACAAAAGAUUUCCAUGAAGAAGAUAUGACAAUUAUGAAUUGAAUGUUAAUUGAAGAGAAAGGAUGCAAUGAUACAGAAAUAUGAAUAGGAGCCUUAUGAAGGGAAAAUUAGUCAAAUCUAUCAAAAAAUAACUGACGAAAAUAAUGUCCUGACAAAACUGCAGAAUACAGAAAAUACUGUAUGUAAUUCAUAAUUUUCAAACCGAUUAGAGCAUAUCCACAAAUAAAAUGGAAUCAUCGCAAGUAAAUUUUUAAUUGUCCUUGGUCCACAUCUGCUAUUUCUACUGUCUUCAUCAAGUUAAAACUGAAGUUGUCUCACAGUUCUGAUUCUCAGAUUCAACACGCUCUAUAGGCAGUACCCUAGCUUCCAUUCCAGUUACGAUUCAGGCUAAUUUAAAGUUGGAAAGAAAGCCAUACAGCACAUGUAGCCAUUUGCCCAAUGCAGUAUAUAUACUGAGAAAACAUUUCAAGAGGCCUUUUUGUUGUUAUUACUAUUAGGAAGUAGAAGUAAUGAGGAAAGCUGACCCAAGUUGGAGUUGAUCUUGUAGCAACAUGUGCACGAACUAAAGUACUGAAUUUGAAUUAGAUUCAACGUCUGUUUGACAAAUCAAAAGUAAGUAUGGCACAAUGUUAGGAAAGACCUCACUAAAAGAUGUAUUGAAAAUGCCUCUGCAAGUUUCCCGGAUCGGUAGAAAAGCUGUUUCAAAUUUCUUACAGAAAUGACACAAUCAAGCAAUCAAGUCUUUGUAAAUGAAGUGAUGAUGGUCUGCGUACAUCUAGCCAAAGAAAUGUCAAAAUAUCAGGCUAGCUUUGUUGCCAUUACUAAAGAGAAUCAUGAAAAGUAAAUCUGUUGGUAGUUCUAAAUGCUGUGACUGUAUCUCCUUAAAAGUUUUUAUACCACGAAAAGAAUUGCUAAUAUUAAUGCAUGGAAUAUCGUGACUGUUGUGUUCAAGUCUUGGGAAAUCCAUUCCAAACUAAAAACUAAUUUAUCCAUAACAGAACGGUCCUGUCUAUCCUUUUUAAGUUUGUAAACCUGUAUGUUGCUGACAAGGUACAACAUAUUUACUUGAAGUAAAAUGACAUAAUUUACAAUGUGCAAAUGAAUGGAACUGGCUGGUAUUGGGUUACUAGUAUUGGGUCCUUUCUGGAUUUAAUCUUGCUAUAGGUAAUAAGAAGAAUCCUUUUCAGUUUCUGUUCUAUAUCUGAUUUCCUUAUGCAACAACCACACAUUCUAAAAUGCUGUAGUUUCCUUUCGUAGCAUGUAUAAAUUUCCAAGGGUGUGUUGAAGAAAAGUAUGGUAGCUGUCUCCAGUGUGUAAAAUGGUCUGAAGAAGCAAAACCCUCUCUUAAAGAUUUACUGAAGUCCUACAGCUCUUGAUAGUAGUGAAGAUAGAGAGCUAUCAUUAUGACCUUUAUUUGUACAAGUGAUUUACCCAUUCCACAUGCUCUAAGCAGUGUACAGUCUUUUAUUAAGUAUUUUAUAACGAGCACUCUUGCCUAGAAGACACUUGUUUGAACAUGAUUUGAUGUGUUGACAAUAGAAAGUAAUGUAAAACCAUACAACAGAGAAAAAAAAAACUUGGAAAGUACAUUGGAACUAGGAAAAGAGCUUUCUCCUAUACUAAGAUUUCCUCGUUUUGUGGGGAAUGUCGCUGUCAAAUGUCAGAAACUUUUAACUGUGAUAGAACUAAGAACUCACCAAGGACAUUACGACUGCUUUGCUAGCGUUUUGGUUUCUCAAGAAGAAGAAAAUACUUCAGGCAGUAUUCUGACUGAACUUUAGUGUGUGCAGGAAAAAACCAACAAGGGUUUGCACACUAUAAAUAAGACAUUGAAGUAGGGAGGGGCACCAUGUAUUGUACAGAAGCUGCAAAAAAAUUUUAUUGGCCUGGUCCAAGCCCUUUAUAAUCCAAAAGAUGGAAAGCACUAAACCCCUCCAGGGCCCUGUGUAUUUAUGUACAGUGUACAUAAUACUUCAUAGAUAAAAAAAGAAAUACAUGGCUAGGUAGAGCUGGCUGUAUGUACCUGAGAGUCGUUUGUAUAAUCUGCUGCAAAAAAAUCACUACACCUGUGAAUAAAGUAUUCUAUGAUAAAUCUA